AUGUCUAUUCUCGUUAUCAGCCCCGCCUCAGCGACAGAAACAAGUGCGCUCGCUUCCUUCCUACACUUCACACCUCCCUCCCAUUACUCGAGUACAGUCCAAUGCACUACUUUGGCAGAAAACAGUUUCAACCCCACCGUGCUAGUAGCGUUGUGCGAGUACUUGUAUAAUAUGUGUCUGCGCCCACAAUCAACCACGGGCGGACCCCAUCUUGGUAGAUCCACUAUAAUACAAUACCUGUACGAGUAUCAGGCAUAAAGUAUCUGAAAAUGACACGGGGUUUUUCUUCU